CUACUGGGUGGCAACUCUUGAUUUUUUUUCUCUUAAAAGUUGGCAACAACAGUGAAUAAUGGAAAUUGCUUAAAUAAAAAGUUGUUUGUUUGCUUAAAAGAUAGCUUGUGUGCGAUAAGGUCUCCAUUAUUUUGUUGACGAUGGAGUACUGGCAAAGAAGCUACUACGAUUAUGUUAAGGCAUUCAUAUUUUUCUGCAUACUUUGCAUAUCGUGUUUUGAAUUGGGAAGUGGCUCUCUUUCACCCCCUGAGGAAAUUGGAGAAGAUGUCCAAGCCACGUUGCCAGGGGAACUGAAGUUUGCUCAUGUGAUUUUUCGGCAUGGAGACCGUAUGCCCCUUGAUCCGUAUCCGACAGAUCCCUGGAAUAAUCGCAAAUACUGGCCAGCAAACUGGGGUCAGCUAACAAAUCGUGGCAAACAACAACACUACGAGCUUGGCAAGUGGAUGAGAAAACGGUACAGUUCGUUACUGAGCUCCAGAUAUGACAAUGAGCAGAUUUAUGUGCAGUCCACAGACGUGGAUCGCACACUGAUGAGUGCCCAAUCGCAUUUAGCUGGAUUGUUUGAGCCUAUGGGUGACGACGUGUGGAAUGAUCAAAUCAAAUGGCAACCAAUUCCAGUGCACACCGUUCCGGAGCACCUUGAUGCGAUAAUUGGAGCCAAGGCAGCCUGCCCAGCAUUUGACUACUAUUUGUCAAAUUUACAAGAAUCCUCGGAAUUUAAGGCAUUAUUAGAACGCUUUAAAGAUCUCUUUUCUUACUUAAGUCAAAAUACUGGUCGGGUGAUAAGCACAUUUUUGGAGGCACAAUAUCUGAAUAACACAUUGUUCAUUGAACAACAAUAUAACAAAACGCUGCCCGUGUGGACACAAAAGGUUUACGGAGGCGCUGACUUUACGUACGUGUCGAACUUUGCAUUCGCCAUCAAUACAUAUACACGACAAUUGGCGCGCUUGAAAACAGGCCCAUUACUUAAAGAUAUACUCUCUCGAAUCGACAAAAAAUACAAAAAACAGCUGGAUCCCGAUCGUUCUCUGUUUAUAUAUAGUGCCCAUGAUACAACAAUUGCCAACUUGUUAAAUACUCUCAAGUUGUUCGAGCUGCACAGUCCGCCAUACACAGCCUGCAUAAUGUUUGAGCUACGUGUGGACGAUAAGAACACGCCAUUGGUGUCCCUAUUUUAUAAGAACACCACAGCGGAACCUCUACCCAUGGAAAUACCCGGCUGUGGUAUAUCCUGUCCGUUGAAUAAAAUGUUUGACUUGUACAAGGAUGUAAUACCGGAGGAUUGGGAUGCCGAGUGCAAGAGAUCGACUUUAACGAUGACAUAUGAAGAAGCCAAUUUGGGUGCGGCGACAGGUAUUCUUAUAUGCAUCGUAGCUGUGCUUCUUUGCGUCAGCUAUGGUCUGAUGAUCUACUAUCGACGUCGCAAUUAUCGCAUGCAUACUUCAUAUGGUCAAAUGGCAUAGAAUGGCGGGAAUGUCGGGAAUGUUGCGGAACUUGUUGUUAAAAGAAAAGACUUUGUUAAAUCUCUGGAUUUGAUACCAAACUCAGCAAAUGAUGGAAUCAUUAUUUUUGAAAUUACAUUUAAUAUCUCAAAUUUGUUCGUUCCUUGUUGCCAUACAACAUGUUAAAUAUUAAUUUAUGGUGCGAGAAUUGUUUAUACAAGUUAAUAAGAUGUUUAUAUGCUCUUGUUACUAUUUAGUUAAAGCGUGUGAAAAACAAAGACUGUGAAUGGUUAUCCUGAAGUAUCUGAAACAAAUUUCGAAACAUAUGUGUAUCUUUUACAAUAUAAAUAUAUAUGUUUAUCUGCAUUUACGAGUAGAGACUUGUAUGAAAUCAUCUUGAUGUAUAAUAAAAAAUAAAAGACACAUAUUUGUGAAUUAUAUGAAAUGAAAAAUGCUCAAAA